AUGGCGACCGAUCAGGUGACCGAUCAAGUAAAUGGAAAUGGUACAGAAGAACCAAUGGACAUAACUACAGUGGACACAACUGCAGCUGAAGUUAAACAUUCAGACCAUUUCCAGACUUUAUUAGACGCUGGUUUACCUCAGAAAGUUGCUGAAAAAUUAGAUGAAAUUUACGUAGCAGGUAAGUGCAACUGCCGUUUUUUGUUGUGUAAUCUAUUUGCAGUUUGUAUUUACCAAAGCAACUUUGUCUGAUUUCUUUACAAAAUGGGUACAAACAAAGCAAUCCUCACCAUACCAAAAAACUGUAUUUCUGAGUGGGAAUUUGAAUGCAUUGUGUCUGGACAGAGUAGAGAAGCUAUGGCUUAAUGUGGAUGGAAGCCUAUUGUGGAUUAUUAUACAUUUUGAAACUGAGAAGCUGGAGUGGGUGGAUGGGGGAGGGUUGUCUUGAUAUGGUCUCAGGGGCAAUCUGAGGCCAGCUUGGCAUAUGCAGGAACAAUGGCACCAGCUGCCUAGACUGGGACAAUUGAUGUCCCCAGAAGCACAUUGUGGACAUGCUAAUUAUAAAUAAUAUAAAUAAAAGCAUAACAGGGCUCAUAAGACAUCUGUAUUUACAAGUACAGUUGACUGACCUGGGUUACAGUGUGAUUAUUGCUUUUGCUUGUGGGUGCAGAUAGCAAGAUAGUUUCCCUCUUUUGAUAAGCUGCAUGUUUGUUAAUUCCCUUAUGUUUCUGUUAUCAUAAAUAAUUUCAUGUUUUAUUCACAACUAACCUACUACUUGAGAACUGGUUACUUUUUCUAGCAAUAUUGACUACUUUCUGUUUUGAUUGUCCACAUGAUGAUAUCUAUUACUCAAAUCCUGGAGCAACUGAACAUUGCUGUGAUGGUUUACCGCUAAGAUCUGAUUGGACAUAAUGCCAUGUCUUAUUGUGCUGUCAUUGGCAAACAAAAUGGUUAUAUUUGGAAUGUCUCUCUUCUACAGGACUGGUAGCGCACAGUGACCUAGAUGAAAGGGCUAUUGAAGCCUUAAAAGAAUUUAAUGAAGAAGGUGCUCUGCAAGUCCUGCUUCAGUUUAAGGAAAGUGAUCUGUCGCACGUGCAAGUAAGUGGAUGCUACGUUACACUUGGUUGAGGAUGAUUUUCUGAUUUAAGGAAACGCUGGGAGGACCUAAAAGCUCUAAUUUAUCCUUGCAGAACAAAAGUGCAUUUCUCUGUGGAGUAAUGAAGACUUACAGACAGAGGGAGAAGCAAGGGACCAAAGUUUCAGAUUCCACAAAAGGACCAGAUGAGGCAAAAAUAAAAGUAUGUCAACACCAGGAAGUUUACUUUCCAUGCUCUUUGUAGAAAUGAAACAUGCCUGUUCCAAUCUCUUCCCACCGCCUUGGCAUAUUGUAAUAGUUGGGUAUUUGUUGGCAGACUUGAUCUUGACUCCACUUAGCUUGUCAGAGUAUUAUACCAAGGUUCCAAAAGUCUGUCAAUUUAGGCUGUGACAAUAUAUUUUUUUGCAUAGCUGAAUAUUUUGGUUAUUUGUGACAAUCAAGCAUUGUUUUUGUGUAGUUGCAACAUUUAAUCUAUUUAUUUUGAUAAUGUCAGGCGCUGCUUGAUAGAACCAGCUAUACACUUGAUGUGACAACGGGUCAGCGGAAGUAUGGAGGCCCCCCUCCAGAGUCUGUGUAUUCAGGUGCUCAACCCACUAUUGGAACAGAGGUAAGGUCUUUACCUUUCAGUGAACAAACACUUAUGAAUGAGACCAUCAAACAUCUACAAAUCGCUGUUUGUCCUAAUGAUGACAUUUGUAGUUCUGGAGUGACUCUUGUUACACUUUUAUGUCCAAGAUGGCGUAGCAGUGCGGUCGUGUAAAUAGCCUGUUUUGCAUUUUAUUUUAUUUAUCGUACAUAUUUCCCUAUCACACUUUUCGUCCUUCUACUAAAUAUACUUUCCUGCAACCCGCCUCACUCAAUGUGGAACGGAUUCUAUUAUUUGACUUACCUUUUAUCUAGAAUCUCCAGUUGAAACUAACUAGCCAGCUAACUAGCUACUUGCUAUUAGCCACAGUUAGCGGUUUUCACCCAGAACAUCGGAUUUUCUGCCGGAAUAACUGAAUCACUGGACAUUAACACCGGAUCGCAACUAGCUAGCCACAACCGAAUGGAUGUUGCUGUUGGCUAAUCACCACUGCCCCCGAAGCAAGCACCAGUUAGCCUUGAGCUAGCCUCGAGCCAGGCCCAUAUCCCGGCUAUCUACCUCUCUGUCUACCGGACGGGAGUAGCCAGCUAACUAGCUACUUGCUAUUAGCCACCGUUAGCGUUUUUUCACCGUUGUCCGUGGCCUGCACUACCUACCAGCCAGCUCUAGCCUGGACUAUUAUCGGCCAGUCUGCACUGUCUGCACAGCGCGUUAUCGACCCAGAACAUAUCGGUUUUUCUGCUGGAAUCACUGAAUCACUGGACCUUUAACUCCGGAUCAUCGCAACUAGCUAACUGCAACCAAAUGGAUGUUGUUGUUGGCUAAUCAGCAUUGAGCUAGCCUCGAGUCAGGCCCAUCUCCCGGCUAUCUACCUCUCUGUCAACCGGACGGGACCUCCUAGAGUCGACACGGAGCCCCGCCGAUCCAUCACGACUGGUCUGCCGACGUAAUCAUCUGUGGUUUCAACAGGCUUCCCAUUGCGACGACCACGAAGGUCCAUCUGCUAGCCCCGGCCCACUAGCACACGCAAACAACAGCCAUGCUUCCUGCUAGCCUGUGCUGUAGCACCAAUUCGAACUGCUCUCGGACUCACAUAUUGCUGUUCACUGGACCUUAUGAUCACUCAGCUGCACAGCUGAUGCCUGCUGGACUGUUCCUUUACACUGUACCCUGUCCUGUUUAUCUGUUUAGCUUCAGCCCAAACUUUCAUCGCCAUUACCAGUUGUUGUCUUAAUUCUCUCUAAUAACACCUGUGAUUUCUUUAUGCCUCUCUCCCAUGUCAAUAUGCCUUGCCUAUUGCUGUUCCAGUUAGUUGUUAUUAUACAAUUUCACUGUAAAGCCCCAAGUUCCUCUCAAACUGCCUCAAAUAGCUCCUUUGUUCCACCCCCCAUACACGCGGAGACCGGCUCAAUCGGUGCCUCCAGUGAUGCUAUCUCUUUCAUUGUUACCCAACGCUUAGGUUUACCUCCACUGUACUCAUAUCCUUCCAUAUCCUUGUCUGUACAUAAUGCCCUGAAUCUAUUCUACAACGCCUGGAAAUCUGCCCCCUUUACUCUCUGUACCCAACGCACUAAAAGACCAGUUCUUAAAGCCUUAUCCUUAUUCUAGUCCUCCUCUGUUCCUCUGGUGAUGUAGAGGUUAACCCAGGCCCUGCAGCCCCCAGUAUCACUCCUACUCCCCAGGAGCUAUCAUUUGUUGACUUCUGUAACCGUAAAAGCAUUGUUUUUUUGCAUGUUAACAUCAGAAGCCUCCUCCCUAAGUUUGAGUUAUUCACUGCGUUAGCACACUCCGCCAACCCUGAUGUUCUAGCAGUGUCUGAAUCCUGGCUUAGGAAGGCCAUCAAAAAUUCAGAAAUGUCCAUCCCCAACUACAACAUUUUCCGUCUAGAUAGAACUGCCAAAGGGGGUGGAGUUGCAAUCUACUGUAGAGAGAGCCUGCAGAGCUCUAUCAUUCUAUCCAGGUCUGUGCCCAAACAGUUUGAGCUCCUACUUCUAAAAAUCCACCUUUCCAGAAAUAAGUCUCUCGCUGUUGCAGCUUGCUACAGACCCCCUUCAGCCCCCAGCUGUUCCCUGGACACCAUAUGUGAAUUGAAUGCCCCCCCCCCCCCCCCCCAUCUAUCCUCAGUCGUACUGCUUGGUGACCUAAACUGGGAUAUGCUUAACACCCCGGCCAUCCUACAAUCCAAACUAGAUGCCCUCAAUCUCACACAAAUUAUCAAGGAACCUACCAGGUACAACCCUAAAUCUGUAAACAUGGGCACCCUUAUAGAUAUCAUCCUGACUAACUAGCCUCCAACACUCUACUCAGCAAAUUGGAUGUAGUCUAUCACAGUGCCAUCCGUUUUGUCUCCAAAGCCCCAUACACUACCCACCACUGUGACCUGUACGCUCUUGUUGGCUGGUCCUCACUACAUGUUCGUCGUCAAACCCACUGGUUCCAGGCCAUCUAUAAAUCACUGCUAGGCAAAUCCCUGCCUUAUCUUAGCUCAUUGGUCACCAUAGCAGCACCCACCCGUAGUCUGCGCUCCAGCAGGUAUAUCUCACUGGUCAUCCCCAAAGCCAACACCUCCUUUGGCCGCCAUUCCUUCCAGUUCUCUGCUGCCAAUGACUGGAACGAAUUGCAAAAAUCUCUGAAGCUGGAGACUCUUAUCUCCCUCACUAACUUUAAGCAUCAGUUGUCAGAGCACCUUACCGAUCACUGCACCUGUACACAGCCCAUCUGAAAUUAGCCCACCCAACUACCUCAUCCCUAUAUUGUUAUUUAUUUUACUCUUUUGCACCCCGGUAUCUCUAUUUGCACAUAAUCUCUUUCACAUCUAGCAUUCCAGUGUUAAUACUAAUUGUAAUUAUUUUGCACUAUAGCCUAUUUAUUGCCUUACCUCCAUAACUUGCUACAUUUGCACACACUGUAUAUAUAUAUUUUCUGUUGUAUUUUUUGACUUUGUUUUUUUACCCCAUAUGUAACUCUGUGUUGUUGUUUUUAUCGCACUGCUUUGCUUUAUCUUGGCCAGGUCGCAGUUGUAAAUGAGAACUUGUUCUCAACUGGCUUACCUGGUUAAAUAAAGGUGAAAUAAAAUAAAACACAGAGCUUACAGCUAAGAUCUGGCUGGGCAGAAAUUUAAAACACUGAAGUGUAACAAAAAAAAUCCCCCCUUAUGCCCUUGAGUUCCAUUAAUAUUUUAUGUGUAUACAUUUCCAGAACCGAGCACUUUCACAUCUGCUCACAGAUGUUUCUUCAUAACAUGUUCCCUCCCUUUCCAGAUAUUUGUUGGGAAAAUUCCUCGAGACUUGUUUGAGGACGAGCUGGUGCCGCUCUUUGAGAAGGCGGGACCUAUCUGGGAUCUACGUCUAAUGAUGGACCCCCUUAGUGGACUGAACAGGGGCUAUGCCUUCGUCACUUUCUGCACGAAAGAGGCUUCCUCAGAAGCAGUAAACCUGGUGAGUGUCUCCGUGCCUUGACUAGGGUUGCAAAAUUCCAGGAACUUUCAAUACAUUCCCUGGUUUUCCAGAAAUCCUGAUUGUAGGAUUCCGUAUUUCCUGAUUAUACACUCCUGAUUCCGGGAAUCCUCUAACCGGGAUUUCGGAUAAACCAGGGAAGAUAUUGAAAGUUCCCAGAAUUUUCCAAACCAAACCUUGACACUCCAGUUAUGGCAUCCUCUACAGCAGGGAUCUCCAACAGGUCGAUCGUGAGCUACCCCACCUACAGUAUCAGUCAAAAGUUUGGACACACCUACUCAUUCAAUGGUUUUCUUUAUUUUUACUAUUUUCUACAUUGUAGAAUAAUAGUGAAGACAUCAAAGCUAUGAAAUAAUACACAUGGAAUCAUGUAGUAACCAGAAAAAUUGUUAAACAAAUCAAAAUAUAUUUUAGAUUCUUAAAAGUAGCCACCCUUUGCCUUGAUGACAGCUUUGUACACUCUUGGCAUUCUCUCAACCAGCUUCACCUGGAAUGCUUUUCCAACAGUCUUGAAGGAGUUCCCACAUAUGCUGAGCACUUGUUGGCUGCUUUUCCUUCACUCUGCGGUCCAACUCAUCCCAAACCAUCUCAAUUGGGUUGAGGUCGGUUGAUUGUGGAGGCCAGGUCAUCUGAUGCAGCACUCCAUCACUCUCCUUCUUCGUCAAAUAGCCCUUACACAGCCUGGAGGUGUGUUGGGUCAUUGUCCUGUUGAAAAACAAAUGAUAGUCCCACUAAGCGCAAACCAGAUGGGAUGGCGUAUCGCUGCAGAAUGAUGUGGUAGCCAUGCUGGUUAAAUGUGCCUUGAAUUCUAAAUAAAUCACUGACAGCGUCACCAGCAAAGCACCAUCACACCACCUCCAUGCUUCACAGUGGGAACCACACAUGCAGAGAUCAUCCGUUCACCUACUCUGCGUCUCACAAAGACACGGCGGUUGGAACCAAAAAUCUCAAAUUUGGACUCAUCAGACCAAAGGACAGAUUUCCACCGGUCUAAUGUCCAUUGAUUGUGUUUCUUGGCCCAAGCAAAUCUCUUCUUAUUGGUGUCCUUUAGUAGUGGUUUCUUUGCAGCAAUUUGACCAUGAAGGCCUGAUUCACGCAGUCUCCUCUGAACAGUUGAUGUUGAGAUGUGUCUGUUACUUGAACUGCAUUUAUUUGGGCUGCAAUUUCUGAGGCUGGUAACUCUAAUGAACUUAUCCUCUGCAGCAGAGGUAACUCUGGGUCUUCCUUUCCUGUGGCGGCCCUCAUGAGAGCCAGCUUCAUCAUAGCGCUUGAUGUUUUUUGCGACUGCACUUGAAGAAACGUUAAAAGUUCUUGAAAUGUUCCGGAUUGACUGACGUUUCUCUUUGCUUAUUGGAGCUGUUCUUGCCAUAAUAUGGACUUGGUCUUUUACCAAAUAGGGAUAUCUUCUGUAUACCACCCCUACCUUGUCACAACACAACUGAUUGGCUCAAACGCAUUAAGAAGGAAAGAAAUUCCACAAAUUAACUUUUAAGAAAGCACACCUGUUAAUUGAAAUGCAUUCAAGGUGACUACCUUAUGAAGCUGGUUGAGAGAAUGUGAAGAGUGUGCAAAGCUGUCAUUGAGGCAAAGGGUGGCUACUUUGAAGAAUCUCAAAUUAAAAUAUAUUUUGAUUUGUUUAACACUUUUUUUUGGUUACUACAUGAUUCCAUAUAUGUUAUUUCAUAGUUUUGACAUCUUCACUAUUAUUCUACAAUGUAGAAAAUAGUAAAAAUAAAGAAAAAUCCUGGAAUGAGUAGGUGUCCAAACAUUUACUGGUACUGUAUGAGUAGCUCGCCAAACAAUUCUGAAAGUACAUGCAAUUUUCACAUGUUCCACUGCAAACUGUGAUAAACAAAUCUCACAAGUAUCAGCUACUAUCUAAUCAACGCAACAUUGACAGCAUCCCAACCCCUGGUUAGCCACUAUUGGCUUAAAAAGCUAACUCUAACACAGUAUCUGCCAAUGAGUGAAAAACAAAACAAGUCUAAAACCAGCAAAAAAUUAAACCAAACAUAAUUUGGGGAAACAUAAUUUGGAGAGACAUUUUUUUGCUUUUAUAGGGCCCCCUUAGUAGUUUUAUUAACCAUGAUUUUACCAGGUAUAUUGACAGAACACAGUGCUCUACUUUUUCUUGUACACUAAGGACCCGGGGAAGAGUUGCAGGGGAGGGAGGAGAAUGUACCUAUUUGAAAGCCACCAAAAAAUGAGUAGCUCAUACUUAAGAAGGUUGGAGGACCCAGCUCUACAGUAUUCCUCAUGUCUAAUAUGAAAUGUAUUUUCAGGCUUUAUCGGUUUAAUCAAUUUGAAAGUAUGAACUUUCUGUGCCAUGGCGGUUUCAUAUUUAUGCUUGUCACCCUGGUUGACGAAUUCCUCUCUUUCCGUAGUGUAAUAAUCAUGAAAUACGCCCCGGCAAGCACAUUGGAGUGUGUAUAUCUGUUGCCAAUAACAGGCUGUUCGUUGGCUCCAUCCCCAAGAGUAAAACGAAAGAGCAGAUGGUGGAGGAGUUUGCUAAAGUCACAGGUAAGAAAAAUCUUUGCUGAUUAGUGAGAUUGGGGCUCUUCAUUUUAUUAAGUUAAUGACAUGUCUUGUGGUUGUAACUAACUACAUCAAGAUCAGAUUUGCUUUAGCUAUGAGAAUGUGAUAUUUAAUGCAGUUUAAACCUGACCUGACUUUUUCUUUUUCCAACAGAGGGUCUUAAUGAUGUCAUACUGUACCAUCAGCCGGAUGACAAAAAGAAGAACAGAGGUUUUUGCUUUUUGGAAUACGAGGACCACAAAACUGCUGCUCAGGCCAGACGCAGGCUGAUGAGUGGCAAGGUGAAAGUCUGGGGGAACAUGGUUACUGUGGAAUGGGCAGACCCCAUCGAGGAACCCGAUUCAGAGGUCAUGGCCAAGGUAGGUGCUCUGCUGAUUGCAAAGUGAUGAAACACUGGAUAAAUGAUGUGUAUCCCAAAUGACACCCUAUUCCCUAUAUAGUGCACUACAUUUGACUAGGGCCCAUUGGACCUGCUCAAGAGUAGUGCACUAUAUAGGGGAUAGAGCGCCAUUUGGGAUGAUACCAGGGUUUCUGAAUGGUGCCAAAUUAACUUAAUCUUGGGUAUACAAAUCCCUCUGUUGAAGGAGAAGGGAAAAUGUUUCGUUUCCCACCUGAAGUCUUGCUUGCAGUUUAACAAAAUACAACAGCUAGUCUUUAACUGGGUAGAGAUCACACUUAUGUCUUUGUGGAAACCAUGUACUUGAAAUUCUUAAUACGUUUCCUUUCAUGCAUUUCAACCCACAGGUCAAAGUUUUGUUUGUCCGAAACCUUGCGAACAGUGUUACGGAAGAAAUACUGGAAAAAUCCUUCGGCCAGUUUGGUAAACUGGAGCGAGUGAAAAAGCUGAAAGAUUACGCCUUCAUUCACUUUGAUGAGCGGGACAGUGCAGUCAAGGUACUGACAUUGAGUGAUAAUAUAAUGAGAAUACACUGCUGUAAGUACAUGACAGUGUAUAGGUGUGUAAUUGUAUGAUGACUGUUGUUUGCCACCAUCUCCACAGGCAUUGGCUGAAAUGAAUGGCAAAGAUCUAGAGGGAGAGCACAUUGACAUAGUCUUUGCAAAGCCCCCCGAUCAGAAGAGGAAAGAACGCAAAGCUCAGAGACAAGCAGCCAAAACAAACAUGUAAGAAGUCUUCCAAAAUGUUACAAAUGUUACUGCUCUUUACAAAAGGCUCCACUUUUCAAAGCCCAAUUUGAAAUGGUUGCAUGACUGAUUCUAUGUUCUAAUCCCAUAAGAACAGUUAUGAGUCCAUGUGUGUACAGUGUCUUGAAAGUUUUUGCAUGGUUCUGCUUGUUUUUGCCCUAUAGGUAUGAUGAUUAUUAUUACAACUACGGCCCCCCUCAGUUGCCCCCUCCCACAAGAGGCGGCCGGAGUAGAGGUGGUGGUAGGGGAGGGUAUGCUUACCCCCCAGACUAUUAUGGCUACGAGGAUUACUACGAUUAUUAUGGUUAUGAUUACCACAAUUACCGUGACGGAUACGAGGACCCCUACUACGGCUAUGAUGACUAUCAGGCUCCCGUUAGAGUAAGAGGGGGCAGAGGUGCCUGGGGCGCAUCUCCAGCCAGAGGCCGAGGCGGUGCAGGCGCUUUCAGGGGCAGAGGUGGCUUCUCACCGCGUGGUGGUCCAGGAUCAAGCAGAGGAGGUGGGCGAGGUGCCAGAGGAGGUGUGCAGCAGAGAGGCCGCGGCGGGGUACGUGGUGCAAGGGGUGGCCGCGGUGGAAAUGUAGGAGGAAAGCGCAAAGCUGAUGGGUACAACCAGCCAGAUUCCAAGCGGCGCCAGACCAAUAAUCAGAACUGGGGCUCUCAACCCAUUGCUCAGCAACCGCUCCAAGGUGGUGAUCGUUCUGGUAACUAUGGUUACAAAUCUGACAACCAGGAGUUUUAUCAGGAUUCUUUUGGGCAACAGUGGAAGUAAAACAUUAGGGCUUUUUUUUAGACGCUUGAUCUGAUUAGCUGUAAAUCCAUACAGUUGCCUCCCUUUUUUCCAAUUUGGUGACAUCUGGCAAGUUUUGUCUUGUAUAUAUUUUCAUAAUCCGCUUGGAUUCGAACCGUAGAUACAAUCCCACCUGCUUCUGGCGAACUGGUAAAUUUUUUACAAAGUUGAUUGUGAUUUCCAUAAUGUUUUGACAAUUUGCAAUCAUGUGCUUCAGCUCUCUAUUUGGCUAUAGUAGUAUUAUGUAUGUUUUUAUCAAUUCUGGUCUCCAUGUCUUAAGUAGCUAACAGCAACAACGCUUAUGUCUCUUAAACAUGUAGCCUCGCUUUUUAAAACAAAUGAAAUUACAAUUUGUAUGUUACAGAAGGUAAUUCUAGGAAAUAGCUUGUCUUGUUAAAAAAAAAAAAAAAAAAAGAUGAAAAAAAGGGACUAGUCCUAUUUUUUGCCUUUACAUUUUGGCUUGUAUUCUUUGCUGUUUGUCUGCUUUAAUAAACAUACACGCACAAGUGUACAAAACUUCAAAUUGUGUUGCAAAUUCAUGUUUCGGCAAAUUCUCUCUUUAAAUUGCCUUCAAAUUUAAGGCUCCUUGUGGAAGAAAAGGACUAAAGGUUUGCCUAUUUUAGCCACAUGCUGCAACGUCACUUUUGCAUGCCAUCAAAUUUUUUAUCACAUAGUUCAGCAGUCGGCAUAUUUCCACAAUUCAAGUGUUACGUAUGUGUAGAGACACUCCAUCAGUAUUUUUUAAUUAAAAGCCAUAUCUCAAACAUUCUGCUGUCAAUUUGAUUUCACAAUUUUUUGUAGCCCAAAUUAAAUGGAUUUUCAUUAAAGAAAUGCCAUGAAAAUAAGUGACAUCUUUCUCUGAUGGCCACUUCAAAUCUGUCCCGUUGGCUAUUAAGAAAGCACAAUUUGUGAAGCUUUUCUUGUCCCAGAAGGAUCUAUAUAGUCAUUGGUAGCCUUAACACUGAUCUUGCAUGUUUCUCAAAAAAUCCUAAUUGAGCAAUGGUGGGAAAUAAUUGGCAUGCAUAGACUGUCUGUAUGUAGUGCUUGUAGUUUGGCCAUAAACCCUAAUCUUUCCACAUCCCAACUACUUAACUUGUCUCCUUUUAAAGAACACAGCAAAGCCACUGUUCUGCAUGACCUUUUCCUAAAGGCAUAGACUUGUUGCAUGUGAAGUUGAAAGGUGUGGAAGUCGGGGGAAUGCUUACAAGAGUGUUUGUCUUUAAUGUGCAGUAGCCUGUUUUCUGUAGUUACAUGUGUUUAGAUGUUAUGUGGUCUUCUGUUGUGAUCUAUCUUCUAAUUGCAUCCUUUUGUUACCUGACUAGCAGGGAAAAGGGG